AUGGCGUUGUGGGCGGGGCUGGGGCAGGCGGCGACGGUUGCGCAGCUGGUUGGGGUGGACGCCGGCGGGCUCAUCUCCCUAAUCACGCAGGCGGCCUUGACGGCUCGCCAGAACAAGAAGGCCUGCGAGCAGCUCUCACGCCGCGUCCACAUGAUCGCCGACCUGCUGCCGCACCUCCAGGAACCUGAGUUGAUGCGGCGGCCCGAGUUCCGGCGGCCUCUGGCCGGGCUGGGCGACACGCUCCGGGAGGCGCACGACCUCGUCAUGGUCUGCCAGCGGAAGAGCCGCUUCUACCGCUUCCUCAAUGCCAGGAGGCUGGCUGACAAGUUCAGGGACAUCCAGAGUAGGAUGGACUCCUACCUCCUCGUCGUCCCUUUCAUCAGCUACAUAGCCUUAACCUACAACCUCAACCGAAUCUGCGACUCCCUCCGUCCAAGCCAUACAACCCUUCAAUCGCCGGCAUCCACCUCCCAGUCCCACCCAGUCCCUGCUUGGAAGGGUGUUGCCAAGUUCACGCUGGCAGAGAUCGCGGCGGCGUCCAACAGCUACGCCUUCUUCACCAAGGUCUGCAAGGGCACCUCCGGGACGGUGUACAGAGGGAGGCUUAGCGACGGGAGCGACGUGGCCAUCAAGCGCAUCAGCAAGACGGCGCAGGACAGGGAGAAGGUGCUACGCACGGAGCUCGCCGUCAUCCCGCACCCCCGCCACAGCCAUUUCGUGCGCCUCCUGGGCUGGUGCGAGGAGGAGGACGAGCGCCUGGUCGUCACCGAGUACAUGCGUAACGGCUGGCUCCACGACCACCUACACGGUCGCAAGCCGCCUUCCUCGGCGGUGAUGGUGUCCUGGAAUACGCGCGUGGAGGUGCUCCUGGGCGCGUCGCGCGCCAUCAGAUACCUCCACUGCAACUUCGAGCCGUCGGUCAUCAACUGCAACAUCAAAUCCUCCAACAUCCUGCUGAACGCUAGCUGGAUGCCGCGCGUGUCGGACCUGGGGUCCUCGGUUCGGCACGAGACGGACGAGGCGGAGUACCAGGUCGUAGGCAAGGGCGGCUACAUCGACCCGGAGUACUGCCGCACAGGGCGCCUGACGCCGGCGACCGACGUGUACAGCUUCGGCGUUGUGAUGCUGGAGGCCGGGGAGCUGGAGAAGCUGCUGGACGGGCGCCCGGAGCCGCAGCCAACGCCGGUGCAGCUCCAGGCGCUGCAGUGGGUGGCCAACACGGCAGCCCAGUGUCUGCAUCGGCAGUCGAUAGUUCGGCCACACAUAUCAGACGUCGUGGCUCACCUCGACAUAGCGUUCAGGCUCGCCAGCACGUAG